AUGUCCCAGACAACGGUCAGGCCCUCCGCCUCCCCCUGGGAAAAUGGCCUCAUGCUGUACAUGGCUAGCCUGAGCCAGGAGGAGCUGCAAGGGUUCAAGUGGCUGCUGGUGGAGGAGCAGCUGGGGCCCAGCCCCCGCGCCGUCACCUGGGACCUGCUGGCCAAGGCCAGCUGGGCGGAAGUGGUCCACUUCCUGGUGGAGCGGUGCCCAGGCCGGCGAGCUUGGGAUGUGGCUCACAGCAUCUUCACCAGGAUGAACAAGGAGAAAAUGUGUGUCCAGGUGCAAGAAGAGCUCACAGGACCUGAGGGUGGGAAUCCGAGAGAGACGCCAGAGACCGUGGAGUGGAAUGAAUCUGAUCAAAUAAGGGCCUACAAACAGCGAGUGGCUGAGAAGUACUACCAGGUAUGGGACCGCAGGGUGUGGCCCGGAAGCCAGGAGGACUUCCUAUACAGAGAGGCGCGCCAGCACCAGGCAUUCCUGCCGUGUCUCUUCCUGCCCAGAAGGGUCGAGUGUGCACCGCCCAAGACCGUGAUCCUCUGGGGGGUGCCGAGCAUUGGGAAAACCACGCUGGUCAAGCAGGUGAUGCUGGCGUGGGCCCGGGACACCUUCUACCCCCACAAGGCCUGGCUCGCCUUCUACUUGCACUGCCGGGAGGUGAUGGAGGAGUGGAGGCAGAGCUGCUGGGGUCUGAUUGGGCGCCAGCUGUACGGGUCUCCAGCCUUCAUCUUCAAGCGUCCUGAGCAGCUCCUGCUGAUUUUCGACGGCUUUGAGGAGCUCGAGCCCAAGGUCCUCCCAGGGCUGGAGGAGCUGAGCCAAGACUUGGAGCAGCAGCUGUCUGGCUCCAUCCUGCUGAGCUCCCUGCUGAGUGGCACCAUGCUGGCGGGGGCCUCGCGGCUGGUGGCCAUCAGGCCGGCGUCCUGGUGCACCCUGAGCCACCUGUUCACGCAGCCCUCUAUUGUCAACCUCCCGGGGUUCGACAGGACAGAAAUCAUCGAAUACUUCAGGAUGUAUUUUGGCAACACGAGGCAGGGCAAUGAGGCCCUAAACUUCAUGGCAGAGAAUGCAGCCCUUGGGUCCCUGUGCCGGGUGCCCGUGGUGUGCUGGGCAGUCUGCUGCAGCCUGAGGCAGCGAAGGGGGCUGUGGGCGGAGGCAUGCCCCAACGUCACCUCGGUGCUGGUGCUGUUCCUCUCGACCUUGCUGCGGGGCUCUCCCAGCCUCAGGGCCGGGGGCUCCCUGGAGAGCCUGUGCCUGCUGGCGGCCCGCGGCAUGUGGGAUCAGAAGUGCCGGUUCAACAAGGAGGACCUGUCCCGGGCCAGGCUGGACGAGGCCAGCGUCGCCACCUUCCUGGACACCAAUGUGCUCCGCAAGGUGGUGGGCCGCCGAAAGGUCUCCUACCUCUUCACCCUCUUCAUCUUCCAGGAGCUGCUGGCCGCCCUCCUCUACCUGCUCCUCUUCCCACAUAGGCUGAAGCGCUACCACGUGCUGGGCAGCAUCAACAUCUGGGCCCUGCUGGCCGGGCCUGCGGACGACUGGUGCUAUCAGGCCCACAUGGGCUUUUUCCUCUUUGGCCUUUUAAACUCGGCCUGCGCCACUGUGGUGGAGUGCAAUGUCCAACACAAGCUGACCACGGAGAACCGGGCCAAGGUGAUCAAAGUCAUCAACGCCAUGUACGAGAACCAGUCGCUGCGCCUGGACCGGGCCACCCCACAGCUCUUCCACUGCCUGCCCGAGCUCAAGGGAGAAAUCUUCAUGAGCUUGGCCCUGACAGGCUUGAGCAAGGUCGUCCUGAGGCUGGACGGCGACCGCGACCUUCAGGCAGCUGCCUUCUGCUUCCCACACUGCCGGGAACUGAAGCACGUUGAGCUGAUCAUCUCCAAGGCCCUCAGGGAGGCCCUGCAGCCGGGGCCGGGGGACAGCCUCCCGCUGGCCGGGACAUUGGAGAGGGACAGGCACUGCCGCUGGUGGGGAGACGUCCUCUCCAUUCUCAACUCUAACGGGGACCUGCAGGCCGUGGUGAUGACCGACGUCGCCCUGGCAUCCCCAUUCGUGAAGCAGCUGGCCACUGUCCUGAAGCGCCCUCAGUGUCGCCUGAGCAGCCUGUCGUUAAGGCGCGUGGGGCAGACCACGCUGCAUGCAGACUUGUUUUGCGUCGUAGCUGAGAAGCCGCACCUGAGGUCCUUAGAAGUCCAGCAGGCCAAAGUCGGGUACCAGGCCAUGAGGCAGCUGCGUGCCGCCCUGCGCUCCCCCGAGUGCUGCGUGCAGGUUCUGAGGCUAGAGAGCUGCGGGCUCACGGAGCAGUGCUGCCCCCACCUCGCCUUGUGUCUGAGGAGCAGGCCACAGCUGACCCACCUGAGCCUGGCAGGCAACGCCCUGGGGGACGCCGGGGCCAUGCACAUCUGGACAGUGCUGGCAAGCCCGGAGAGCCGCCUGCGGAGGCUGGUGCUGAGACGGUGCUCUCUGACCGCCGCCUGCUGUCGCUACAUCGCCCCGGUCCUCAAGAGCAGGGGAGCCCUCCGGAGCCUGGACCUCAGCUUCAACAACCUGACCAACAAUGGCAUGCUCUUCCUGUCCAGGACCCUGGCGCACUCCGGCUUCGCCCUGCAGGUCCUAGAGCUGGAGAGCUGCUCCUUCACCAAGGUGGCCUGCAGGGCUAUGGUGCCCAUGCUCAAUGCCAGCCAGCAUCUCGAGUACCUGGAUGUGAGCGGGAAUGACGUGGGGCCGCUGGGCCAGGCGUCCUUGAGCUACAUCCACCUGCGGGUGGCAGCCCUCCUCCAUGUUAGGAAGGAGGGCGGAAGGCAGGACGCGCUGGCCCGGCUGGCUGGCCCGACCACGCAGCCGGGCCACCUGAAGAUCGUGCGAGACCAGAUCCCGUAG